UCUAUAAGAGCUGUACAGUAAAAUAGAUCUUAAUGUUAAAACCUGCCAGAAGAAAACGAAAAAAGAAAUUCCAAAAACGAAAACUAUCAAAAAGUCAAAAGUUAUGUCAAAUGUAAAAUUCUAGCUUUUGUAAUACGUUGUGUGGAAAUUAAUUGUAUUUUAGUGUUAAAAUGACAAAUUUACCGAGUAAAUGUGGGUAGUUUGAGGUGACAGACAUAAUCUGGUGAAAUGGUGAAGUGGAAAUAUUGUGUACUGAUGGCGGUGCUGUUACUCCUUCCGUCCAGGGCCGGAUCCAAAACGGAGGACGAUGAUGAUGAUGAGAGAAACGAUGAAGACGACGAUACAGAAGAUAAUGAUGAGGAUGGAGAAGAUGAUGAUCCAGGCGGUGACAUCCAGCUCCAGGCUCCACCAGUGAGAAGAACCCCCGCUCCUUUAAUAACAACUCGCACCAUUGUUUUAACCAGGACCUCUAAGAAGUUACCUCUAGAGUGCUACGUGUGCGCGUAUAAACCCGAGUCACCGCUGCGGGCUUGCCUGGACCCUACCAGGUUCAGGGUGCACACAAUGACAUGCCACAGCGCUGAUGACAAGUGCUUCACGGCCGUCACAACGAAGGGUAACACGUUCGACGCCGUCGUGCGUGGUUGCCGCUCCGCCUGCGUCGGCACUCCAGAGAUCACGUGCUGUGAGUACAAUCGUUGCAACCAUCAAGCUUUCGCGACGCCAACGGCGACGGCGCGACUCGUCCAACAAAGUAAAGCCACCAAACCGUUGCACCCGACGGUUUUGUUCUUCGUGACAGUACUGCUGGUCUUGCAGACUGUGGUCAAAGUAUCAUUUGUAUAAUAUAUGCACAUCGAAAAAGGCUGAGUUACACGAGGAGAGUAUUGAGAAUGCCAGUGAAAGUCUCUUGCACUAACUUGUUACAGUAGUAACGAGUCAGUGGUUCGGUUAUCGACUGAAUUUAACGUUUCUGUAACUCUUUUUGGUAUUUACGUAAGUCAA